CCGCCCGGAUCUCUCCCGGGACCGCGGAACGAGGAGGCCGCCGGGGUAGGCGAGCGGGCCGGGGCCGAGCGGACCAGGCGGCGGCAGCAGCGGCGCGGAGGACCCGGGGAGACGCGCUCAACGCUCCGGAAAACUUAGGCGCGCACUCGCGACACCGCGCCCGCGGCCGGGGCGAGGACGAUGGUCGCGCCCUGGACCAGGUUCUGCUCCAACAGCUGCUGCCAUGUCCGCACUGGCACCAUCCUGCUUGGCGUUUGGUACCUGAUUUUAUUGAGCGCCCUGGCUGAGCCAGACCAGCGUCACUUUUCAAGUUCUGAACUGGGAGGUGACUUUGAGUUCAUGGAUGAUGCCUGCAUGUGCAUCACUAUUGCUAUUUCUUUUCUCUUGUUUGUGGUAUAUGCAAUGGCUACUUAUGGAGCAUAUAAGCAACGCGCUGCCUGGAUCAUCCCCGUCUUCUGUUACCAGAUCUUCGACUUUGCCCUGAACGCCUUGGUUGCAGUCACUGUGCUGGUCUAUCCAAACUCCAUUCAGAAGUACAUACGGCAGCUGCCUCCUAAUUUUCCCUGCAAAGAUGAUAUCAUGUCCAUGAAUCCUACCUGUUUGGUCCUUAUUAUUCUUCUGUUCAUUAGCAUUAUCUUGACUUUUAAGGGUCACUUGAUUAGCUGUAUUUGGAACUGCUACCGAUACAUCAAUGGCAGGAACUCCUCUGACAUCCUGGUUUAUGUCACCAGCAAUGACACUUCGCUGCUGUUACCCCCGUACGAAGAUGCUGCUGUGACGGGCCCUGCAAAGGAGCCGCCACCACCUUACGUGUCAGCCUGAGCCUGAGAGUGGGGUGGGGCAGAGAGCAGCAGCUUCGCUUUUCAUAUGUCUUCUAUUAUUUCACUCUUGAGAUGAGCUCUCUGAGUUUGUUGCUGAAAUGCUACAUUGUAAAAUUUAGAUGUUAAUUUGAAACCUCGUCUAGUUUUAAACAUAUGCUUUAGCUGAAACACUGUGGUAGAUUAGCUGUAGAAUUCUUCUUGUCAGGGUGGGAUUGUAACUGGCUUCACUAGUCUUCCCCAGGCAAUGAACCCUCCCCAGGGUCAAGGGGAUUUUGAGUCAGAGAAGUCUGCCUUUGUACCUGCUGGGCCCCAACUUGGGCAGUGAGUCCUAUUUUUUCUCUCUGUUCCGCUGUUGAUGUUGGAAGCCAUAUAAGGCACAGCUUGGCCUUACUUCCUCUUUAAGUAAAAAACAGUUUCACCUUUAUCUGGUAACUUUACCUGGCAACUAGCCAACCAAUCACCUUAUGCCCCAUCUUACUUACUCUAGCCAAUCCCCAGUUAACAACUCCUCUGAACCUCCCAACAAAACACACCCACCUUCCCCAUAAUGCUUAUAAGGCACAAGUUUUUUCAAUAAAGUUUGAGACUUGA